AUGGUUGGACUGUUUCUUACACGUUCUCCGGCGAUUUCCCGAUUGAAUAUUUUCCCCGGAAUCUAUUUUCUCGCGACGUCUCCUACUCUCAGGUUACAGAAACACCGAAAGCAUCAGCUUAAAACCAAAACCCAGACUUUCUCGCUAACUUCUCCUCCAUCUUCAUCAAGUUUUCAUACUUCACGUUUUUAUUCUACCGCAACAAGAGUUUCCUCCUUACCCAAAAUGGAAACUUCGAAAUUUGAUGAUAAUAAUUUGGUCGUUCUGGGCAUUGAAACUAGCUGCGACGACACUGCCGCUGCUGUCGUGAGAGGGAAUGGUGAAAUUCUAAGUCAAGUCAUUUCGUCUCAGGCAGACUUGCUUGCUCAAUAUGGAGGCGUUGCUCCUAAACAGGCUGAAGAAGCACACUCUCGGGUCAUCGAUAAGGUUGUGCAAGAAGCACUUGAUAGAGCCAAUUUGACCGAGAAGGACCUCUCUGCUGUUGCUGUUACCAUUGGACCUGGCUUGAGCCUCUGUCUACGCGUUGGUGUACGGAAGGCUCGGAAAGUUGCUGGUAGCUUCAAUCUUCCAAUAGUCGGUGUGCAUCACAUGGAGGCUCAUGCUCUUGUAGCGAGAUUAGUGGAACAGGAAUUAAGUUUUCCUUUCAUGGCGUUGCUUAUAUCAGGAGGGCACAAUAUUAUAGUUCUUGCGCAUGAGCUUGGACAGUACACACAACUUGGGACUACAGUAGAUGAUGCUAUAGGCGAGGCAUUCGACAAGACAGCAAAAUGGCUCGGCCUUGAUAUGCGAAGAAGUGGUGGACCAGCUGUUGAAGAACUUGCUCUUGAGGGUGAUGCAAAUUCUGUUAAGUUUAAUGUUCCAAUGAAACAUCAUAAAGAUUGCAACUUUUCUUACGCUGGCUUGAAGACACAAGUGAGGCUAGCCAUUGAAGCCAAAGAAAUAGAUGGGAAGUGUCCUGUCUCUUCUGCAACGAACGAAGACAGAAGAAACCGAGCUGAUAUCGCCGCUUCUUUCCAGCGAGUAGCUGUUUUGCAUCUGGAGGAGAAGUGUGAGAGAGCAAUAGACUGGGCACUAAAACUAGAGCCUUGUAUAAAACAUAUGGUAGUCUCUGGUGGUGUUGCUUCGAAUCAAUAUGUACGACUUCGACUUGAUAACAUUGUCGAAAACAAAAACUUGAAACUUGUUUGCCCUCCUCCUAGCCUUUGCACAGACAAUGGAGUGAUGGUGGCUUGGACUGGUCUCGAGCAUUUUCGUGUAGGAAGAUACGAUCCACCUCCUCCAGCAAACGAACCUGACGAUUACGUGUUUGAUCUUCGACCGAGGUGGCCUCUUGGAGAAGAGUACGCGGAAGGAAGAAGCGAAGCUCGUUCUUUGAGAACCGCUCGGAUGCAUCCUUCACUUACUUCAAUCAUCCGAGCAGAUUCUCUUCUUCAGCAACAAACACAAAUGUAG